AUUCCUAGUAUUGUAUUGGCCAGACUGCCGGACACAGAGGUCCGUAUUGGCUGUUUUUCUUUCACAACGAUCCCAAAGAACUCAGAGAUUUGGAAUAUUAGGUUACAGUGUGGCAAAAUGGCGACUGUCAUUCAGAAUCCGCUGAAAGCGCUCGGGGACCAGUUCUACAGGGAGGCCAUUGAGCACUGUCGCAGCUACAAUGCCCGCUUGUGUGCGGAGCGCAGCGUACGCAUGCCCUUCCUGGACUCUCAGACGGGUGUAGCUCAGAACAACUGUUACAUCUGGAUGGAGAAGCGGCACCGGGGGCCAGGGUUGGCGGCAGGUCAGAUGUACACCUACCCAGCGCGUUGCUGGAGAAAGAAGAGACGACUUCACCCACCACUUGACCCUCAGCUUCGCCUUUGUGAACUCAGACUUGAGGCUGAGCUAAUGGCCAAGAGGGAAGCCCCACCGACGGAAGCCACCGCCCUGGAGGCACUGCUACGAGGUGACGGGAUCUUGGACAAAAGAAACAAUAACUCUAAAGAGGAAGAGACACUACUGGAAAUCCAGAGGGUGCUUGAGGCAGAUGAAAACGGGGAUGGUUUCCAUGACGAUGAGGAUUUUGAAGUGGACACACCAAAGAGGAAGCAUCGAAACAAAGGCAGGGGUCGAGGCUCUGGGCGCAGGCGAACAGAAGCAGUGGCCAACGACGAUCAGGAUAAACCCUACGUUUGUGACAACAGAUACAAACAAAAGCAUAACUCAAAAACUGCUGACUCAGUCUGUGGGAAGCGUUACAAAAACCGCCCUGGACUAAGCUACCAUUAUGCCCAUACUCACCUUGCUGAAGAGGAGGGUGAAGAAGAACGAGAAGCUGAAAUCCCCCAGUCUCCUCCUGUCCAUCACGAGAAUCACAAACCACAGAAAGGGCCUGAUGGUGCGAUCAUCCCUAAUGACUACUGUGACUUCUGUCUGGGAGACUCAGGCUCUAACAGGAAGACAGGCCAGGCUGAGGAGCUGGUUUCCUGUUCAGACUGUGGCCGCUCUGGCCAUCCUUCAUGUCUGCAGUUCACAGACAACAUGAUGCAGGCUGUUCGAACAUACCAGUGGCAGUGCAUCGAGUGUAAAUCCUGCAGUCUGUGUGGCACCUCAGAGAACGAUGAUCAGCUUCUGUUCUGCGAUGACUGUGAUCGGGGAUACCACAUGUACUGCCUCAAGCCUCCAAUGACUCAGCCACCUGAGGGAAGUUGGAGUUGUCAUCUGUGUCUUGAUCUGCUGAAGGAUAAGGCUUCUGGUUUCGGAGAGCCAUAAGCAUUGAGGUCCUACACAGAUGCACACAGACACGCACAGCGGACUCAGGAUGGAUGUUUGUCCUGGUUUGCUCUGUAGUUUUCCUCCUGUAGUAGUGUGAAGUGGAGAUUUCCUCUACCUCUGUGUUACAAACAUUUCCCUAAAACAAGUCUAGGCAAUCGGUACCUCACAAACAUCCAGCUCACUAGCGAAUCCAAAGGCAGGAUUGAGUCCAGAUUGUCCGAUCGCCUAGAAAUACAAGUCGUAUUUAUAUGGAAAGUACUUUGUUAAAUCACAACACCAGCAUAAGAGCUACAAUAUCUUGAUUAAAUGAAGUGAUAAUGAGCCUCUUACACACACAGUAGCUCCUGAGCUGUGAUUCUAAGCCAUUAUUUCUUUGAAAUUAUGAUUGACAAAGCCAGUUUUAAGAAAUAGCAGAUUUUAAAGUCAAUAUCAUGGUGACAAGCUGUUUCUGUAAAUCUGUAAGUAAUAAAAGCAACAUAAACUUACCCAGAAACACACACCAGAGGUAUAAAAGCAGAACCCUUUUCAUUUUAUUUGGCUUCUAUUCACUUUAAUAAUGUUUUUAAUGUGUUUACAAUGAUUUUUUUUUUUUUUUUUGCAAAGAUAUUUUCGGCUUGCACAAAGAAAGAAAUAACAAGGAUAAAUGUGAUUAGAAACUCAUCUUUCUUACUGGGAUCAUCAUUCAGGUAGACAUUUAGAGCUUAGUGUCUGAGAGUUAUUGUGAAAGCAAUCUUUAUCUAAAUGGCAAAAAAAUGUUUUUCCCUGUAUCGAGGCAGCACUUAUAGUUUUUACUUUAUCAGGACUGGAAAAUUUUUAUAUAUAAUUUAGCAGACAAUCGUGUGGUUGGUAAAUUGCAUGAUAGCCAUCAUAUUUAAAUACACCUAAUGCUUUUCCUUGUGCAACGACAAUACUGGCAUGCUUUGUGUUGCCUUUUCAAGCCUGCUUUUUUCCUUUAGGUUCCAUUUUCUAAUUAUUAAAUGUGAACACAUAGACUCUUCAAAUCUUUGUUAUUUUGUGUCGGACAUAUCUGGUUAUGCUCCAGGAAUAUUUUAGUUUUGUGUGUCAUUGAACCUUCUAUUGUUCCAUCCGCCUGUUUGGAGCCCUUCAUACCUCUCUGAGUGAAACAUCUGUUCGCUCCAUUUUGUAUUUCUUUGCUCAUGAUAUAUUAGCAUUUCUAUUUCCAUCUGGACAUUCUCUCAUGUCAUUCCCACCUCCUUCACCUGUAUAAUACAUUAGAGGCUCUAUUUUCAGAGCCAAUUCAUCAACACUCUCCAGAUCCAGAGAUCUGUUGAAUAUUUUAGCUAUGCAUUUUUUCAAAGGUCAUUUACAUUUGUUUUUUUGGCAGAUGAUUCUUUGCCAAUGGUCUACUAAAAUAGUGUUAGUGCAUUAAGACAUUUCUUAAAGGUUCCAGAAUCAAAGUAGUUUUGAUGAUGUUUAGAGUCCGUUCAUCUAUAACCAUAGGUAAGCCUUUGGAAUAUAAUUUUUGUUUAGAAUAAAAAGAAAAGAAAAAAAGGUAUCUUUUUUCCGUGUUUCGCACUGUAUUCAGGUUUAGAGAUUUCGGACUGUUUUUUUUUUUUUUUUUUUUUUUUUUUUUUUUAUAUUUGCAUAGAUGAAUGAACGAAUACAGCAUGCGCUGUGGUUACCAUAUUCUUCAAAAUAUCUUCUUUUGUGAUCAGCAGAAGAAAGAAAUUCUUACAGGUUUGGAACAACUUUAGAGUGAGUAACAAAUGAUGACAGGAUUUUCAUUUUCGUGUGAACUAUCCCUUCGAAAAAAGACGAUAAGCUAGAAGCCUAUCUCUCGAAGCAGCUUAACUGAAGCGUCGAAAGUCGUAGGCCUACAACACGAACUGAUUUUCUCUGGUCCAAAAGUAGCCUAGAAAAACGCAGUUUUGAGUUAACCAUACGGACGAUAAUCAUCCCAAUUGAUUUGUCAUGACCUGUUACAAUGAUACAUCUUGUGUAUAACAUAUAAUACAAACACAAAUGUUGAAUACUUUUUAAUCCUUUGCAGUCAUGAGAAUCAUUUUGUACUUAGUUUUUUUUAUAUUAUUUCUUAUGCCCUUUUCUUCUUCUUAUCCUUGUAAUGUAAAAUGUAAUAAAAAUGUAAAAAGUAAAA